CUUUAACUUUUUUAAUCCUAGUUUUGGUAAGAAAACAAUAUAGAAACAGCAUAUGGAGCUGGAAUUAGGACUCAAAAUUACUAAAACUAAAGAUGACAUUGAUUCCAUUUCAGAGUAUAAACUUAUGAAGGAUACAGGACCAAUCUUUCAAUCUAGAGAAACAAACACCAUGUUCAUCCUCACUGCCCAUCUUAAAGGUUAUAAGAGGAAUUGCAUUGACAUUAAGAUUAGUAAAGAUGGGAGUAAGAUAUCAAUUAGUGGAGAGAAACCAAUUCAAGAAAUGGUAAUGAUGGGGUGGGUAAUGCAAAGAAAAGUGGUUGAUAUCAAAGGCUUCAAUAAGGUUUUCAAAAUUCCUUAUGGUGUGAAUUUGGAUAAGAUCAAAGGAAAUUACAAUGAAGAGGAAUGGAUUUUGAAUAUUUACAUGCCAAAGUUGGUAAAAGGGAUUUUUGGUCUUAAGGUUGAGGAAGUCAAGGAACAAGAGAAUGAUAAAAGAAAAUCAGAGCUAGAGAAAGGUGAAAUUGAUCAUGUUUCUAGUAGUGUUGGUGAGACAAGCCAAAAAGAGUCAAAAGAUUCUGAAUUUCAACACAUGAAAGGAAGUGACAAUGGCAUAGAGAAGAUGCUUGAUGAUAACGUCGAUGAAAAUAAUAAAGAGACAAUACAAAAAGGAGAGGAGGACGAUGGCAUUAAGAGGGAUGUAACGGAAUGCACAAUAGAAAAAGAAAAAGAAGAAUCUAAGUUGAAGAUUGAGGAUAGUAAGGUAAACUCUACAAGAGAAAUAGAGAAAGAUGUUGGUAAAGAUAUCUCACAUAACAUUGUAGAUACAAGCCAAAGAGUUGCUGAAGGGUCAAUGAUUCAAAAAAGUGGAGAGCCAAAAGAAAAGGAAGUUGGAGAAAAAAAGGGUAACUCUAAAGAAAAUGUAGUUGAUCAUAUUCCUAAUACCAUUGAUUCUAUAAGCCUAAAUGAAUUUGGAAAACCAAAGGUUCCACAAAUGGAGAAAACUAACAGGAAUGAAGGGAAGAUGAAUGGAAGGGAAUCUAAAAAGUUUCCUUUUGAAGCCAAUGAAGAUGUUCAAAAAACCAAGUUUGGAGAUAUCAUCCAAAAGGGUGUCACAAGGGCUAAGUUCGAAAGUCAAGAUGAAGAUCAAGAAUGUGUUAAAGAAAAACUUGGUAAGGACGGAUUUGAUGAUGCAAAGAUAACUAUCAAUGAAGAGUUUGAUAAGUACUUACCUAAAAAGAGUCAUGAGGCAAGGGAAGGAUUGAAUGUUCAAAAGAUGGAAGAAAACAAAGUUGUUAAAGAAAACGGGGUCAAAAGAAAGGGAAAAGAGGUUGAAUAUCUUGUGGAGAAUGAUGACGAGAAAAGACUCAAAAUGAUGCAUGUGGAAGCAAAGAAAGGAAACACAAAAGAGACAACGCAAGAGGAAAUUGAAGAGAUCCGUGAGAGUGGAAUUAAGGAAAGUGGUCAACAGCCACAUGCGGAAAGAGGUAAAGGAUUCAAUGUUGCAGAGGAGGAUCAACGAGAGGUCGUGAAAGAAGCAUUUGUUGGAACUCAAAGUUUGAUGGAAAAGUUUGAAGGGGAAGAAUCCAAGGAGAGAACCAAGGCAAAAAGAGUCCAAGAUGAGGGGAAAAAAAUUGAACCAAAUGAACCUUUUGAGGGAGACACAACUAGGGACAGAAUUGAGAAAGAAAUUACAAAUCAAAACUUUCAAAAGAAUGAUGAUAUUGGAGUAUUUGAUGGAAGGAAAACACAAAUGUUUCAAGAGAUGGAACAGAAAGAAUAUUUUAAGGAAGAUGGGGAGAACAAUGAAAAGUCUAUGAAGAAAUUGAAUGGAGACAAAUAUCAGCAGAUACAAAAUGAAGAAAUUGGAAAUUCAAAACAAAAGGAAUUUGGAGAACUAGAGUGUGAGACUAAGGAUAGACUUAAAGAAAGUAGCAUUGAACCAUUUGAACCAACGAAGGCAUCAAAACUUGAAAAAAAUGUAGUUGAUCAUAUUCCUAGUAAUAUUGAUUGUAUAAACCAAAAUGAAUUCAAAGAGGAAUAUGAAAAUCCACCUUUUGAAGCGAAGGAAGUUGUUCAAAAAACCUUGUUUGGAAAUAUUAUAAAGCCUAAGCUGGAAACUGAAGAUGGAGAUGAAGAGUGUGUUCGACAAAAGCCUAAUAAAGAAGGAUUUGAUGCAAAGAUAACUACAAAUGAAAAAUUUCCUCAAAACUUACCUAAAAACACUCAUGAGGAAAGUGAAGGAUUGAAUGUUAAACAAAUGCAAGAAACCAAAGAUGUCAUGGAAAAUGUGGUCAAAAGAAAGGGCAAAAAAAUUGAAUAUCUUGUGGAGAAAAGUGAAGGUGAAAGACUCAAAAGCAAGCAUAAUAUUGAAGGAAAGAAAGGAAAUAAUACAAGAGAGACAAUGCAAGAAGGUGAAGAGAGUGAGAAUGGAAUUAAGGAAAGUGGUCAACAACAUCCAAAGGAAAAUAUUGUAAAAGAAAAGUCUGAAGUAUCAAAGAAUAUGGCUGAAGAGUUACAACAUCCGGUUGAGAACAUCAAUGGAAAUAUUGGAUUCGAUGAUGUUGCAGAGGAGGAAGAACAAAAGGAGGUUAUGAAAGAAGCAUUGGUUGAAAGUGAAAGUUCGAUGGAAAAGACACAAGAAGAAGAAUUCAAGGAGAGAAUUGUGGCCAAAAGAGUCGAGGAUGAGGAAAAUAAAAUUGAAUAUGCUAUAGUGAAGUUGAAAGGAGAGGGAUUUACAAAGCUAAAUGUUGAACCAAAUGAGCCUUUUGAGGGAGACACGACUAGAGAUAGAAUUGAGAAGGAAAUUAUAAAUCAAAAGUUUCAAGAGAAUGUUGAUAUUGGAAUAUUUGAUGGAAGAAAACCAAAUAAGUUUCAAGAGAUGGAGGAAACUGAAUUGUCCAAGGAAAAAGAUUCAACAAUUGGAAUGUCUAUGAAGAAAGUGAAUGGAGAAAAAUAUGAGAAGAUACAAAAUGAAGUAGAUGAAGGUUUCAAGAAAAACAUAACAAAGGAAAAAGAUGAUUGUUAUUUGCAAGAAAAGAUGAGUAAAGAUAGAUCAAAAGAAGAUUUUCCAAUGAAAAUGUUAGACUCACAAGGUGAUACAACAGAGGAAGUAAAGGGUAGAAAGAUUGAAAAAGCAAAAGGUAUUAAAGAAGAAAGUGAAAAAGUUGUACCAUUUGUGAAGGGAGAAAGUGAAGAACCUAAGAGUGCAAUGAAGAUUAAAGAUCAACAAUGUUUGCAAGAAAAAGAGGCAAAUGAUCAUGAAAUAGAGAAAGCAAAGAAGGUGAAAGGACAAGAGGCAAAAAGAAAGAGUGAUGAAUUUAUUUUUGGCGAGUCUACAACAAAGGAAGAACCUCAAGUACAAAAGGCAAAAGAUCCAAAAGGAAUAGACACAAGAACGUCUGAACGAGAAUUGCAAUGUGAAAGAGGCCCUGCUACAUAUUCAACAGUAGAAAGUAUUGGAUUUAAGGAGUUUGAAUAUAAGAGUGCAAAGGAUAAGAAGCAGAACACAAAGGCGCUACCUCCAAAAUUUGAAAACAAGGAGACACAAGAAUCAAAAGAUGAAAGUAUGAGUCCAAAAGAGGUUGAAUCUAUAGAAGAUAAAGUGGUUAAACCGCUAUCAACACUAAGGUUUCAAUCAAGUCAACAAUCUGAAGUUGAAGAAAAAGAUAAAUUUUGUGAAGGUAACAAAGCAAAUUACAAAGGUUCCAUAGAAUCAAAGAGGGAAGAUCCUACAAAAGAUGUCCAAAAUUUGAUUGAAAUGAAGGAAACUUUGAAGCCAGAAAUUCCUCGAGAAGAAGAGCACAAGAAAGGAGAAAAAACUGAAUUUCUAAAUGGUGAAAAUGUGGGGGAAACAAUGCAAAUGGAAACUGAUGAGCCUAAGAAUAGAAUUGAUACUAAAGAGAAACAACAUGUGGCAAAAGUUGUUACUGAAAAGAUGGAUAAAGGAAAAUGCUUUGAUGAAAAAAUGAAAACAACACAAGAGAAAGACGCGGAAUCCUUGGAAUCAAGCCAAAAGAAUGAUAUUGAUGAAGUGAAAGCUAAAAGGCCUCUUGAACUAGAAAUGCCUGAUUUGCAAUGUGAAUUUCCAAAAACCAAAGAUCAUGUUCGAGCACCUGAACUAAGAGACGGAGAACAAUAUGGUUACAUUAAAGAAGGAAUAGAAGAGAAUAAAGCACCAAAAAUUGAAGCAUCUGAAGGCGCUAAACCAUCAAAGUUACAAAGUCGAAGUUUUAAUCAACAAUCCACAAAUGAAAUAAACAGAAAACCAGAAUUUUCUAUUGAAGAACAUAAAGAAGAAAAAGAAUCACCAAAGUUAAACAUUGUGGGGACUGAAAAAAUUGAUAGUUUGCAGCCACAGAUCCUUGAUGGGCAAGAAGAAGUACUUGAUGUGCCUAGUUUUCAAAGACAAAAGACUCUAGAAGAAGAAAAAGUUGUGAAGAGAACAAAAGGGUCAAAGAUUGAAAAGAGUGAGGAAACUAAAGAUACUUCCACACUCAAAAGAGAGAAGGGAAAAACAACACAAACCACAGAAGAAAAGAAGCCUAAAAUAAUGGAAACAACUCCACAGUUUGACAUGGCUAGUGGAUCAAAAAGGGAGUCGGAAAAAAUGCAAGAGGCUUCUAAGAGACGAUAUCAAAGAGAAUCAGAACAAGUCACUCCUAAGAUGGAUGUUGAACCACCAAUUACAGUUGAAAAAACUCAAAUAAAAAAAGUUGAGGGGAAAAAGCACAUUCAGGUACUAGAAGAAACAAUUUCUAAAGAAAAAGAGGAUAAAGCUCAACAAUGUGUGCAAGAGAAGAAUGAUAAGAAAGGAUUUCAAACACCAAAGACUAUUGAAGAAAAAAUAGUUCUGAAGAAAAUGGAAGGGUUAAAGAUUGCAAAGAGUGAAGAAGAGAAAGAGAAGUAUCAAAUGGAGGAAAGGACUACACCAUUUGACAAGGCUUGUGGAUCCAAAAGGGUAGCAGAUAAAGUGCAUGAAAAAGUACAUGAAACUCCAUUGAGAGAACAUCAAAGAGAACCAGAAGAAUUCACUUCUAAAAUUGAGUUGGAUUCACCUACUACAUUUGAAAAACCUCCAAGAAAAAAAGUUGAAAGGAAAGAGGCUCAUGAAUUUACAAGGCCAAAAAUCAUGAGCAGUGAAAUUCCAAAAGUAGAAGAAGUACAAGAAGACAAAGAGGUGGAAAGGCACAUUCAUUUACCAGAAGCAAGCAUAUCUAAAGAAGAAAGAACACAAGUUACAACUACUCGUUCAAAAGAAAAAGAUAGAGUUGAACCAAAAGGUGAGGUUGGUAUGCCACAAGAAAAUCAAAAUCUGUCUCCAAAAGAACCAUUUGAUUCCAUAGUGGGAAGUAGAAUAUUAGAAGCAGCAGCAGAUAAAGUGGUUCAACAAUUUGAAGUUAAAGGAGAAGACAAAACAAAGAAAAAGGACUCCAAAAUGUCUGUUCAAGAGUCAGAAGAAAGUAAAACACGCAAAGAAGUUGAACAAUGCAUAAUCAAAGAUGAGGAACAAGAAGAAGAUAAAGAUGAAACAAGUGGACGGAAAAAGGACAAUGAAAUUCCAAAGGGAGAAGAAGAGAAGUAUGUGGAAAGACACAUUCAUGUACUAGAAGAAACCGUUUCGAAAGAGGGUACCGGUACCAAACAAAACUCUAACAUAGCAAAGAAUUCUCCACUUCAUGCAAUGCAGGAGACUACAACAUUAGAAGUAGUGGCUGAUAAAGUGGUUCAAGAAUCAAAGUUUCCAAGCUCAUCAAGCACUCAACAACUUGAAGUUGAAGGAGAAGAAAAAACAAAGAAAAAGGAAUCCAAAAUAGAUGUUCAAAAGGAGAGGGAAAGGCACAUUCUUGUACCCGAAGCAACCAUCUCUAAAGAAGGAACACGAGUUACAAUUACAACUACUCAUUCAAAAGAAAAUUGUAGAGUUGAACCAAAAGGCGAAAUUGGUAAGCCACCAAAAAAUCAAACUCCAUCUCCAAAAGAACCAUUUCAGUCCACAGAAGGCAGUACAUUAGAAGCUGUAGCAGAUAAAGAGGCUCAACAAUUUGAAGUUGAAGAAAAAGAGAAAACAAAGAAAAAGGACUCCAAAAUGGAUGUUCAAGAGUCAACAAAAAGUAAAACAGGAAAAGAAGUUGAAGAAUGCAUAAUCAAAGACGAGGAAACUAAACACGAAAUAGAACAAAAAGAAGGUAAAAGUGAAACAACUGGAUGGAAAAAGCACAAUGAAAUCCCAAAGGUAGAAGAGAAGAAAGUGGAAAGGCACAUUCAUGUAGAAGCGAUCAUUUCUAAGGAAAAAGAUAGAGUUGAACCAAAAGAGGGUACCGGUACCAAACAAAACUUUGGCGUAUCAAAGAAUCCUGCACGAACAGAACCUUUUUAUUCCAUGGAGGGCACUACAACACUAGAAGCAGUGGCAGAUGUUCAAGAAUCCAAGGUUUCAAGCUCAACAAGUACUCAACAAUUUGAAGUUGAAAGAGAAGAAAAAACAAAGAAAAGGGAAUCCAAAAUAGAUGUUCAAGAGUCAACAAAAAGUAACAGAGGCCAAGAAAUUGUUGAAAAAUGUAUAAACAAAGAUGAAGAAUCAAAACAUGGAAGAGAAGAAAUUGAUGAUGAAGAAGAAGAAAGAGAUUAUGAGCAAGUGUCCAAAGAACAAAAAGAAGGUAAAGAUGAAACAAGUGAAGAUAAAAUCUCAAAGAAAUUGUUUAUUCCAUUUGUUAUAGCUGCAGGUUCAGCACUACUUGUUACUCUAGUAGUUAUGUUUGUCCGGCAUAGAAAAUCUAGGAAAAGGUAAAAUUUGAGAUCACAAAAAUCUAGUUAUCCAUUUUUUUACAAGUUAAUCACUAUUUUGUUCCACAAGAUUAUAUUGUUGGCUAAGUUUGGCUAUCAAAUUUAUGAAAUGAAAGCUAGGUUUGGUACUCAAAUAGAAGAUUGUCUAUUUAGUUAUUUUGUCAAUCAGUUAUAAUAAA